UUUGUGCGCGUAGCAAGUCGGUGGCCAUAGCACUAGGCUACUAGCCAUGGGGUUGCCGAAUAGUUUUUUGCUGACUGUAGCACCAAGACGUUUUGCUUUCGCCGGCUGAAAGACGGAGGCCGCGAGCGGCAACUGACAUGGCUGCGGACGGAAAACUAAGCAUAUACAGAGCUUCGAGAAGCAUAAAAAGGAAGGAGAACUCCCUAUAUAAUGCUCUUCGGUCGAUUUACGAGGACUCUAUCUUUGUCGGAGAAAUCUCUGAGCUCUGGCCUGACCUUCCCCUCCUCGCCAAUCUUCGAUGUGGCCUCUGGUACUCUCCCAACUUCGAAUCCACCUGUUAUUUCAAAUCAACCGAUGGCCAUUGUAACAACUGGUCCUUUAACACCUCUCGCCUCAAUCUCCAUGUUGCUCAUCUUGCCGGACAGAAGGGUGGGUGUAUCAUAGUUGAUUCUACACGAAGAGGAAAGCGGUUUCCGGACAGCAUGUCGAAGACGAUACCCAUAUGGACCUGUGUCCUGAACAGGGCACUUCGCAAUUAUUCAAGGAAAAUGUGCGAAAAUGAAAACAUUUGGAGGAUGGAGACGGAGUUGGAUACUAACGUGGCUGCCAAUACUCAACUUGUAUCUCUUGAUUGGGAUUGUUCCUUGCAUCUUCCCCUCUGGAUCUCCAAAACCGAGAGAGCAUCUAUUGAGGAUCGUUUAGAGCAAUGGACCAAGCAGUUGGAAGCUAGUGGUGCUGAUGUUGGCUCUCUUGCUUUGUCCUUGAAAAAGCCUCUACGUCCCUUAUGGAUUUCACAAAAAACUGUUAUCUGGUUGAAUGAAGUUCCUGAUUGUGAUUCUUGGGAUUUCACACCCAUCAUCCUUGUCUCUGCAUCCUCAUCAAGUAGCAUAUUUCAGCAGAGGACAACUUCAGAGUUCAGUUGGCAUUAUAUAUCAGGAGCAGGAGAUGAUGAAGAAAGUUGGGCAAGGGGCUUAACACCUAAUCUUUUCUGGAAGCAUGUGUAUGAUCUGAUAAACUCAGGGCCUGAUGUAUGCAAUCAGAAGGUAGCUGAUAUUGUAGAAAAGGAUAGAGUUUAUCGUUCUCAACGAGGACAGAGUGCUCCCCAGGUCACUGUCAAGCCUCGGAAGUUGCCAGUGAGUAAUGGUCAUACUGAUAAUGAAGACAAGUUUCUAACCAGUAACAGCCAUAUAUCCGAUGAGGAUUCCUCGUUGUACUCUGAGAUUUCAAACAGGAACACUCAUGUGGAGUCCUUUGGUGAAAGUCAUGCAAUUUAUUGGCUUGGUUCAACCAAUCUUGCUGUGGGGGGAACUAGUCAACUUGCUGCAGAUGUGCCUAAUUUUGAUUGCAUAUUGAAUUGUGACAAUGAGUGGAUAUCCACCUUUCUUCAGGAUGGUGAAUUGUAUUUGCAUUUACCUAUGAUGACCUCAAAGUUGGAUCGGUUUUCCUUGCUAAACAAUCUUCCGUCUGCAGUUCAUUUUGCAAAGUUGAACCUAAGAAAAGGGAAAACACUUCUAGUUUGCUGUCAUACCGGGGAAGAUAUUAGUAUAUGUGUAUGCCUUGCCAUUUUAACAACCUUGUUCGAUGAUAGAGGAACUUUUGAUGAUGGGAAGUCCUUCAAUGAAACAUGUAUAACCAAAUUAGAAAUGCGGAGGCGGUUAGUGUUUCUCUGUAAAUAUGCAAUAAAUGCCCGACCAUCUAGAGGAAAUCUGAAGCAGGUCUUUAGUUUUCUUAACAAAGGUAGAGUUGAUUCAGUUUUGUAAAAUAGACAUCCGCAUUUGAAAACCCAGUUGGUAGUAUACUUUUGUUAUGACUUUGAUUCUUAUGGAAAUUGCUGGGGAAAAUAUGGGAAAUGAAAGGAAGUGGUAUCCGGUACCCCCCCUCCCCACCCCACCCCAAAAGGAAAAGAAAAAAAAAAAAAAAAACUCCUGAUAUUCUAGAAUUCAUAAAAAAAUUCCUUGUCAUGUUAUCUAUUUUUCAAGUAAACUUGUGUUAGGAGCCAUAUGGCGCUGUCAGUAGUCCAGGCCAUUCCCAAAGACCUGAUCCAGCCCUAUUACACGGUCUACUAGUUUAGUUGUGCAGAAUUUUGGGGCUGGUUUUACUUUUUACCUGUUCUCACUUGUGUAUGUGUGUAUGUAUGCAUGUAUUAUGUAUCGAGAUGUAUGCAUGCAUGUAUUAUGUAUCGAAAUUAUGUAUGUGUAUGUAUGCAUGUAUUAUAACCAGGAUUUAUUGAAUCAGAUUGGACUGGAUAAAUAUA